AUGAAAUUUUCUUCUACAAUUGCCUUGAGUAUCAUCUCCGUUGCUAGUGCCAGUAUCAUCAGCCCAUGCUGUAAUGAGCCAAUUACCACUUUUGAAGGUGAAUUUGCAUUGGGAAUAGUUGAACUUUGUGAUCCAGGUACAAUCUAUUUAGCUUAUGAGAAUGAAUGUGGUCAAUUAGAACAUAAUUGUGAAACUUAUGAUUGUGGAUGUAAUGAAUGUGUCGUUACAUUAGUUGCUGAUGCUGCCGCUGCCGCUGCUACUCCUACUCCUACUCCACUUGCUGCUGUUAAAGUUGCUCCUACUGCUGUAGCUGCUGCUCCUAUUAAGGUUGCAGAACGUGGUGGUGUUGAGACAUGCCCAGUCAAAUUAUGUGAUUUGUGCUAUCCAUACUGUACAAUUGAUGAAAAUUGUGUUGACUACUUCACUUUAUGUGAUACAGUCUUGAAAGACGCCCAAUACAGAAUUGGUCAAAUCGCAUGUAAUCAUGAGUUGAUUUUCACUUACCCUGUGGAAUACAAUGCAUUGUAUACAUGUGGUUGGUCAAUUGUUUUCAAAGAUUGCUACUAUGUAUUGGCAUUAAAUGGAUGUACUACCUUCUGGGAAUGUCCAGUUGACAAUUGUGGAACAUACAAGAUCUUUGACGAAAGUAUUGAUUGUGCAUGUAAACCAGUUGAAAUUGUCAUUAUCUUCAAGACUUGUGAUUAA